UUUUUCAUUGAGUCGAGAGAGAAUGACACAAGAGAGAGAAGGGAGAAGCGGGGAGGAUGAGGAGGAUGGUGGGAAGGGACAAGGAGAGCUGCACGCCCCGGAACAUGCCAUCAAAUUGACGACUAGAGAUGAGAAGAAGAAGAGUAAGACUAAGGACGACAAGAUAAAGGAGAGGGUCUUGGAGAAGCUGAGGGCGACGGAGGGUGUCUCUGUCUCACAGGAGGCAGUGGAGAGGGUCGAUGCAUUGGAGCCGCUGCACUGACUGAAGCAGCUUUUGGUGGACAUCUUCCCCAUCCUCUCCCCUGCCACCGCCUCUCGCCUGGUGGAUGAUGCUGCCGAUGAGGUUGCGGCUCUCUCCUCUUCCUCCUACCCUCCCUCCAAGCUUUGAUCACUGUCUACUUCCUUGCGGCCUUUCUACUUGCCAUAUAUUCCCUUCUCUCUUUUUAAUUCCUUUUCUUUUCCCUUUCCAAAUGAAGGUUUAUCUUAUCUUCGUAUCCCCUUUUAUGGCUUCUUUGGUAACUUAUCUUUUGCUUCAUUCACAUUACGACCAUUGUUGUUAAAUAGAUUUUGUUGAGGGAAUCAAUAGUUUAAAUCUAUGAAUGGAUCGAGAAUCGAAUUGUCCUAAAAUUAAUUCAUAAU